AUGGUCCAGCAGGUGGUGGAGGUUCGUCCGUUUGGCUUACGGCUUUCACACCCCACGUGCAAUCUAGCGGCCGAUCGGGUCCUACCACGGCGAAUCCUCCAGCUCGUGCUGCUGCUGCUUCUGUACUGUAGCGGGUUCGCCGAUGGUAGCUGGUGGCGCAUUGCUGACCUCUCGCUCGAUCCAGACCACUUCCAUCGGGACAAUCGGAGCUAUGAGCUGUGCGGUGAUUCAACGUUUUUCACCGAUCAUCAGCGAGAUACGUGCUACAAUAAUCCUGCCCUGUUGAAGAUUAUUGUCGAUGCAGCGAAUACUGCGAAAUAUGAGUGCCAAACAUACUUUCAAAACAACCGCUGGAACUGCUCGGCAAAACGUGGGUCCGGCAUUUAUUACGGAAAUUUCGACGAUAAAGGCAAUCGUGAAACCGCCUACCUUAGCGCAAUCAACUCAGCAUCACUAGCCUGGCAGAUCACGCGCUCCUGCACCAAGGGUGAGCUGACAACCUGCGAGUGUGACCGUAUCAAGCGCAGCAAGCACAGCAACAAAUGGACCUGGGGCGGCUGCUCCGAGGACAUCAAGUAUGGCAUCAAACAGGCCCGUUCGUUCACCGAUCCGCAGGAGAACCGUACCACGAGCUUUGGGCUGAUGAAUCUACACAACAAUGAGGCAGCACGACGAAUAUUACGGUCAAAGAUGGAGAAAGUUUGCAAAUGUCACGGAAUGUCCGGCUCCUGCACGACACGUGUCUGCUGGCGACGGCUACCACCGAUGAAGCUGAUCGCCGACACGCUCGGCUCGAUGUUCGAUGCGGCAGCACAAGUGAAGCCAGUUGAAAACAAGGGAAUUAUAAGGAAACUGACGCGGAAGGAUCUCGACUACAAGAAGGUGAACAAGUCAGAUUUGGUGUACAUUGCGGAAUCACCUAACUACUGCGAGGAAAAUGAAAGUUUGGGCAUCUUUAGCACACGUGGCCGUUUCUGCAACCGAACAUCGUACGGCAUCGAAGGGUGCCGGCUACUGUGCUGCGGCCGGGGCUAUCAGACACGCGUACGCAACGUGGAGGAAAAGUGCAACUGCAAGUUUGUCUGGUGCUGCUCGGUCAAGUGUGACACGUGCAGCAUGCGCAAGGAUGAACACAUCUGCAACUAA